GAUAGAAAAUGAGUUUCUCGAUGAGAUAGAAUGAUGCAGUAUAUUCAUGGGGACUCUACCUAUCAAGAGAAGAGAAUUUGUUAUGGAGAACACGCCCACUAAAAGGAUGUCGUUCGCUCAGACAAAGGCAUUGGCUUUGCAGACUGGGGGACUGGAUGCCAAAGCCUAUCUAGGUGGGGUGUUGGAGAAACUAGGGAAAGGAGUACCCGAAAGUCAUUUAGAAAAACAAUUCGGUGAUGAGGAUGGAAGAGAGUUCAUGUCGCCUGACCAAAGUAAAGGAAGUAGAGAUAGUGGGGAAUGGAAAGGAGGAAAUCGUGGCAACUGGAAGAAGAGUGACGGAACAACGCAGGAGGUGAUUCCUGGAAAAAUUUGGGUGCCGAGUAUCAGGUUUGAGGAAAACCGGUAUACAGAAGAGAAUGAGGAGGAAGAUACACUCUGCCGAACUUCUACGGAAAUGAAUAUUGACUUUAAAGUGAGGACAGCGGAAGAGCCAGAGAAGGGAGAGUUUUGGGUAUCAAGUCUCCGGUUUGAGGAGGAGCCGGACCCGAAUGAUAGUUUGAAGGUUGGGGUUUUCAAUAUUCGGUUCGAGAGUUGUGAGGAGGAUUCUGAUGCAACUCUAGUGUGUGCUAAGAAAGUGAGUGAGGAAUCAAAUGAAAAUGAAGCCGAUAAUACUAGCCUUGAUAAUAAAGUCUCGUCGAGGGGCGAAGGACCGAAGGUUAUCCAGGAAAAUUUGGUAAACCAAACCACGACAAUGGAGGUGGAAGCAAUGGAGGAAGAAUGCGAAGACUCGAAAGGUGCAGGGGAUACCCAGAGCGAGAGGAUAGAGGAUCCGGAUAUGAGCUAUGGGCUUGCCCAACUGCUUGAGAUCAUCGAACGGGACAUGAGUUGUGAGCUUCAAGUUGCCCAACAGUGUGAGACCAUCCAGGCAGAUAUCAACUACGAUCUUGCUCAACUGUUUGAGACCGUCGAGCCAGAUGUGAGCUAUGAGCUUGCUCAACUGUUUGAGACCGUCGAACAGGACGUCGGCUACGAUCUUUCCCAACUGUUUGAGAUCAUCGAUAUAUCUGAAAACGUAGCGGAGAAUUGUCUUGCGGUAACAGCAAGCCCGAAUCCGAUAGCUAUGAAUGAUAUUGAGGACUUCGGAAUGAGUCAUUACACAUUGAUAAGUUAGUACAAUGUGAUGGGUGUUGGAGGAGAAAUAUUUGAAAGUCGUUUGAUAGGACAAGAAGGUGAGAAUCGACUCGUAUCUGGCCAAGACGGUAAUGAAAGGGCCAUAGUAGA